AUGAAGGUUGCUGUUGCAGGCACUGCGGGGCUGGCUCGGAGUAUAGGAACAGCAAUUUUGGAGGAGAAGCGCCAUGAAGUUGUGAUUUUAUCUCGAUAUGAACGGCCAGAUAUGGUAGAUCAAGGAUUCAUAGUCAUUCGUGUCGACUACCAAGUUCCAGAAUCGCUGGUGACGGCCUUGUCUGGUGUUGAUACCGUUAUAUCAACCGUGUCCAAAGAGCCUCAGCUCAUACUCAUAGAUGCUUGUAUAACCGCAGGUGUUCGCCGCUUCGCCCCAGCAGAGUUUGAAGGUGUACCUUCCGUACGCCCUAUUAUCGAACUAUGCCGAGACAGAAUCACAACGCUGAACCGACUCCGAGAGGUGCAAGAUCAAAUACAGCCAACUGUCUUUUCGUGUGGUUUCUUCUAUGAGUGGUUUUAUCCUGGAGGACUUAUCAAUUCCGGGGCCAGUAUGGGGAACACCUGUCCGGUGGCUGGAUUUGGGCAAGCUGGCUCGCUUUUGGCGGACAUAGAUAAAGGAAAGGCGAGGAUUCCUGUUCUCGACAACGCAGAUACCGACAUCUAUAUUUGUCUUACUUCUGUAGAGGAUGUGGGCAAAUUUGUGGCCAGGUGCCUGGACAUUGAAGACUGGCCAGACCAUUUGAGGAUGUGUGGAGAGAGAUUGACGCUCUCGGAGCUUGUGAAAACUAUUGAAGAGAUUAGAGGACAAGCUUUAGAUGUGACCUACCUGACAAUCGAUGAUCUUAAUGAUAAAUUCAUGGACGCUGAGGAAGUUCAAGAUUCAGGCGAAGCGUUUCAACUCGAGGUUAUGAUGGCGGUUCAUAGAGGGGAAUUCGAUUUUCCUAUGGCAAACGUCAACAAGCUGUUUCCUAAGUUUAAGCCGAUACCACUGAAGAGCUGGCUUCAGGAUCUCUGGGGUGAAAUGAAAUGA